AUGGAUUCAGCACCUCUGCAAAUCUUCCAGUCGGUGUCGAAUUCUUCUAAUGACGUGGAUCUGGACGAGUUCCUCCAUGUUCAACGUCUUUGUGACGGUGCUUCAACACCACCAAAUGAUACAGCCCAGGCUCAGACAUGUUUAGACGAGAUCGUUAUCCCUGCCGCCGCUAGCGACGAGAUACACCACAAGCAAAAGAGACAAGAUGAUACAAAACGUGGCAAUGAACUGAAUCAAUCACAUACGAAGCCAAGACGCAGAGGAAUUCGUUCCAGUGUCUCAUCAAUACCCGAAUACUCCGUCAUAUGUUUCCCCUCUAACCCCACCAAACCGAACGGCAUCAAGAAGAAGAGGAAGGAUUUUGACGAAAAGAGGCGGCAGGAAGUUGCUCAAGUACGAAAAAGCGGUGCUUGCUUUCGAUGCAAAUUCCGAAGGAUAUCUUGUGGUGUAGGAGCGCCGUGCCAGGCAUGUGAGAAAGCUGCUGGUAUCCUCGGACGAGAGCUGUGCAUUCGCGAGAAACUUACCAAGAUGAGAUUCAGUUCUGGAGAUCUUCACUACAUCGAUUACACCGCACGUCUCCUCGAUCAGGAGCUCGUCGCUGGCACAACCCAUUUAGGGCCUCAUCGAAAAGUGUCGUUAUCAAUGGAUUAUCCUGGCAACCCAGCUCUCGAAGUCGAAGUCCAGGACUACUACGGAAACACAACUCCACCGUGGUUCUGCUGUUGGGUCGUGACGGAUCAGGUCGGCGGUCAAGUCGAAUCUUACCGCCAGGAGAGUGCCCGAUAUGCCCUGCCACAACUCCUUCCGCCCAGUCAUCUAGUUGAUUGGGUUGAAAGAAUCAUUGCCCACCAAGAAACCCGUUGCAUAGGAUUCCAACAAACUGUGGAUUCUUUUAUCCUGAGAUAUAGUCAAUCAAAGUCACUCCUACCAAUGCAUGACUUUGUCCGCAAGGUACACAAACUCAACUGCCUGACCAAGAUCCGCCUGGGGCUUAUUCUAUGUGUUGAAGAAGGAGGCGACAUGACACCGCCCUCUUGCGCUCUACACACACAGUUCGGGCAAAUCUCGAAAGCGGCCUCCCAGCCCAUCGAAAAGGGAGUUCUCCUUGAGUUGGAAAAGCUAGUUUUUGGGACUACAGGAAUCGGUUCCGACAAUUCGGUAGCCCUCUGGGCCAGCCUCUGGUGCUUGAUCCUGAUGUACCGAAAGCUGGUUCACACAUACAUGGCUUUCCGACAAUUCCCAUGUCAUGUGCCAGAGGACUACAGUGGUUUUCCAGAAUGCAAGCUGGAAGUCGGCACGCAUUUCUAUCACCAUCUAGUAUCCAUUUACGCGGCCAUCUUCCGAGUGACCAGUCCUUUAUACGCCGAUUUCAGACUGGCGUCUACGCGGAAGCUACUGGACGACGACGAGUCUCUCAUAGAAGCUUUCAUGAGUCUACGUACGGAGAGCUUCUAUUUUCAAAGAGAAUCCAUGUCGAUGUCAGCAUCGCCCGAUCAACUACUGCGCAGGAUGAUUUUGGAUCGGGAAGCAGGGCUUAGACCCAAACAGCUUGGACACUAA